CCCGCCUCCCUCAAAAUGUUUAAACACUGUCAAUUGUCGAUCAUGAAUCAUGAUCUAAAGGGAAAAAAGAAGAUCGGACGCCAAACACUCUCUAAAAUCCGACAUAUAAUUUCUCUCUGCCCGGACAGAGUUUUACUCCUGCCCUGAAGAGAAAGAGCGAGAAAGAGAGAGGAGAUAUAUAUAUAUAUAUAUAUAGAUAUAUAUAUGCAUAUAGAGUGAGAGAGAGGGAGAUUCAAGUUUCUCUCUCCUUCGGAGUUUGAACAAAAUCAGUCGAAACUAAGAGCAACUGGGGAAGAAAGCCCUAAUUUUUUUUGGGUUAUGAGAUUUGGGGUUUAAGAAAGUGAGGAACCGUAGCUCAAGAUCGUGUGUCUGAACAGCAUAGAUGAUAGGCUUUCGUGUAAUACCUUCUUAAUUUGAUGCUGAUUUAUGCAAUUACAUGUAAUAUCUGCACACACACACACACACACACACACAUAUAGUGGAAUUUAACUUGGUAGUGGUAAUAUAAGUGGUUCUGAGAUGGACGGAAGGAGAAUCAGCGCCAGUCCUAGGCCGUGCUGUGGUCGCCGUGUCGUGGCCAAGAAACGGCCUCGCGGCGGCGUUGAUGGGUUCGUCAACAGCGUUAAGAAGCUCCAGAGAAGAGAGAUAUGUUCGAAGCGUGAUCGUGCUUUCAGUAUGAGCGAUGCCCAAGAGAGGUUCAGGAACAUUCGAUUGCAGGAGGAAUAUGAUACCCAUGAUCCAAAAGGACACUGUGCCAUGGUUCUACCAUUUCUUAAAAAGAGGUCAAAAAUAAUUGAGAUAGUUGCUGCCCGUGACAUUGUCUUUGCUCUUGCGCAAUCUGGUGUUUGUGCAGCAUUUAGUCGAGAGACUAACCAGAGGAUAUGCUUUCUGAAUGUCAGUCCUGAUGAAGUUAUACGAAGCUUGUUUUACAACAAGAACAAUGAUUCACUUAUUACUGUUUCUGUUUAUGCUUCAGACAGUUUUAGUUCUUUAAAAUGCAGAACUACAAGGAUUGAGUACAUACGGCGGGGCAAACCAGAUGCAGGUUUUAGUCUUUUUGAGUCUGAGUCAUUAAAAUGGCCUGGAUUUGUGGAGUUUGAUGAUGUCAAUGGGAAGGUGCUUACUUAUUCUGCACAAGAUAGCAUAUACAAGGUGUUUGACUUGAAGAACUAUACAAUGUUAUACUCCAUAUCAGAUAGAAAUGUUCAAGAGAUCAAAAUCAGUCCAGGCAUCAUGUUGUUGAUUUUUACCAAAGCUAGUGGUCAUGUUCCUCUCAAGAUUCUCUCGAUAGAGGAUGGUACUGUUCUCAAAACUUUCAACCACCUUCUUCAUCGGAAUAAGAAGGUGGAUUUCAUCGAACAGUUCAAUGAAAAGCUUCUUGUCAAGCAAGAAAAUGAGAAUCUCCAGAUUCUCGAUGUCCGCAAUUCUGAGCUAACAGAAGUUAGUAGAACUGAAUUUAUGACCCCAUCAGCAUUUAUAUUUCUGUAUGAGAAUCAGUUGUUCCUGACAUUUAGGAAUCGAACGGUGGCUGUUUGGAACUUCCGUGGGGAGCUUGUAACUUCAUUUGAGGAUCAUCUUUUGUGGCAUCCUGACUGCAACACAAACAACAUAUAUAUUACAAGUGAUCAGGAUCUUAUCAUUUCUUAUUGUAAAGCUGAUUCUGAUGAUCCUUUGUCUGAAGGAAAUGGAUCUAUUAACAUCAGCAAUAUAUUGACUGGCAAAUGCCUAGCGAAAAUAAGAGCAAACAACAGCCUUCCAAUAGACGAAUGCAGUUGCAGUGGCAGUUAUGGUGGCCGGAGUUUCAAAUCAAAGAAGCAAAUCCAAGCUUCCCGGAUUAGAAGCACUGUUGCAGAAGCUCUGGAAGACAUCACUGCUCUCUUCUAUGAUGAAGAACGCAAUGAGAUCUAUACUGGUAAUAGGCACGGUCUGGUCCAUGUAUGGUCUAACUGAAGGUUAUAUCUUGCCGCCUCAUUUCCUUCCAGAUUCUAUGAUUGUUCCCAAAUGGUAGAUAUCAUUCUGCAUCCCACUGCGAGGUCUACCUGGAACUGUACCAUUAAAUGCUCUUCUACUAAUUUGUUCUUUAUUUUCUUUUCAUUCGUUAUUGAGUGUUUCUUUCUUUUGUUUUAUUGCCCUUUUUCUUUUACCAGGGUGGUAUUUUUUCUUCGGCCCCCUAUUAGUAUUUGUUAUUUUGUUUUGUUGGGGUUUGGACCGUUACAAGUUAGAAUGAUAUUUCCUGUUGUAGAUGUGCUUUUUGUAACUUCAGGCUGUCUAUAUAUGAGCUGCAGGCAGAAUCAUUUGAAAGUAACAA